GAGGCACUCCUGCGGUUGCCUCUAUUAGUGUGUUGCGUCUCACAGCAGAGGGAACGUGUGUGUGCCUGCGUGUGUUGAGGAAGCCGCGCGUGUGUAUGUGUGCGUGUGUGUGUGUGUGCCCCCGUGUCCUGCGCCCUGGUCUACCUCGUGUUUGAGCAGUUCUUCAAGUGUGGAGGUGACGCCGGGAUGAGGAGGAGAGGUGUGUUGGCUGUGGCAGUGGCGGUGAUGGUGGUCACCGUGGUGUGUGGGGAGGAGCAGAACCAAGGGCAGGAGUGUAAGGCACAGAGAACGUGUGCCCAAUGCAUUCAAACAGCAGGAUGUGCGUGGUGCAUCAACCCUAAGAGCGGAGAACACUGCCAAUCCGCUCAGGACUUCACGAAGGCCACCUGUAGCAUCAGUGACAUCCAGAACCCAAAGAACGCCUUUCAGCUGGUGCAGGAUGAGGAACUAACAGGCGCCAUCCAGAAGAAGCAUGAUUUGGAGGAAAACAUCUACCAACUGAAACCACAAAGAGUGAAGCUCCAACUGCGCAGGGGAGUACCACAGAACCUGGACAUCAAGUACCGGCGCGCCCUUGGCUACCCAGUCGACUUGUAUUACCUCAUGGACCUCUCAAACUCCAUGGAUGACGACAAGAAACAUCUGGCCGAGGCGGGCGCUGCUCUAGUCCAAACCAUGAUGAACCUCACGUCACAGUUCACCAUCGGCUUCGGCUCCUUCGUCGACAAAGUAAUGAUGCCUUUCACCGACACCACGCAUGCCCAGAGGCAAUCUCCGUGUACCGACUGUGCUCCUCCAUACUCCUUCAGAAAUGACAUGAGGCUUAGUACGGACCAUGCAGCCUUCAAGCAAAGAGUGACAGACGCCAAGAUCUCCGGCAACUUGGAUCAUCCCGAGGGUGGGUUUGAUGCCCUGAUGCAGGCGAUGGUGUGCAAAGAUCAGAUAGGCUGGCGGGAGAAGGUGCGACACAUCCUCGUCUUCUCUACCGACGCCAAGUUCCACCACGCUGGCGACGGACGGCUGGCAGGAGUAGUGAUGCCCAAUGAUGAGAAGUGUCACCUGGACGAACAUCAUGAGUACACGCACUUUGACAGAUACGACUACCCGUCCAUCGCACAGAUCAACAGAGUGGCAGAGGAAAUGAACAUCAACAUUAUCUUCGCGGUGCUGCAACACGAGGAGUUGUACCGGGAGCUCCAGAAGGAGAUCAAGACCUCCUCUUUUGGCUUGCUGGAUGAAGGAUCGAAAAACGUGGUGGACCUCAUCAAGGACCAGUACAAUAGCAUCUCCAGCAGCCUGUCCCUCUCAGACAACAGCACCAACGCCAUCACCAUCAAGUACAGCUCCACCUGCACUGACGGCAAACUCCGGGAGACCAAGGAGUGCGGAAUCGGCGAGGACGAUGAGAUAACCUUCAACCUGGAGAUCACGGUCAACAAGUGUCCAGUGAACGGCGAGCGAUCCUUUGUGGAGGUGAAGACUUUGGAGGCGAGCGUGAUUCUUGAGAUCGAGUACCUUUGUGACUGCAACUGUCCCGCUAGUACUUCCACAUCACCAUGCAAGAACAACGGGGAGCUGGAAUGCGGAGUGUGCUUGUGUCCAGAUGGUUACUACGGAGAAGAGUGUCAGUGUGUGAGUGGUGACGAAUCUUCCUUGAGCGACAUCCAGGACCAGACUGCCAAGUGCAUGGCCAACGAGACGGAUUCCAGGGUCUGCUCGGGGCGCGGCAACUGCAAGUGUGGCAUAUGUGAAUGCUUCAAGCCUGAUGAGGUGUCUGGGACUUUCUGCCAGUGUCACAAGCGGAGGUGUAUGGGCUCUAGUGACGUGGAAUGCUCUGGUCGUGGCACCUGUAACUGCAAUGAGUGUAUAUGUAAUGAGGGAUACUCUGGUCAAUUCUGUGAAUGUGAAGACCGAUCCUGCAUCCCGCAAGGGUCUGACAAGGUGUGCUCAGGCCACGGCAGAUGUGAAUGUGACCGGUGCAUCUGUGACCAGGAAAACAUCACCUACACGGGCCGCUACUGUGAGGACUGCCUGAGCUGCGGGACAGGGAAGUGUAAAAAGUUCAGAGACUGUGUGCAGUGUGUCCACUUUAAGAUCGGCCCACUCAAGGACAACUGCGAUGCAUGCGAACAAUACGCCUCUGUGGAGAAUUUGGAUGACUACAUGUACGAGAACUCCCGCCUGUGUACCUUCGAGGACGAGGACGGGUGCUACUUGAACUUCACCUACCGCUAUCUGGAGUCUACUAACAAGGAUGAGGUGCACGUGCAGGCAGAGAGGAAGUGCCGGAAAGAACCGCCCAUCGCAUUGAUUGUGUUCGGUCUAAUCGCCACCAUCGUGCUUGUGGGCGUGCUCACUCUCAUCAUGUGGAAGAUCGUCACCACCAUCCACGACAAGCGAGAGUUCGCCAAGUUCUUGGAGGAGACUAAACAAACCCGCUUCGGCGCUGAGCAAAACCCGCUGUUUAUUGACCCCACCACCACCACGCAGAACCCGAUGUUUGAGGGAGCAAGGAAUUAGUAACCCGCUGUUCAAACUCCAGAAGAACUAGCAACCCGCUGUCUGAGGCCCAGAAGAAUUAGUAACCCGCUGUUUGAUGUCCACAGGAACUAGUAACGGAGGGCGGCCACGGGACUCUCUCAAGCCAACCAGGCAGAGUUAGGUUAGGUUAAGUUGUCCUUGGUAGUCACGUUAAGUUAGCUGAUCAGUUUAGGUUAGGUUAGGUUAGGUAAGUUAUGUAGCCAACCCUUGCUUCCAUAAUUCACUACACGAGGUUAGGUUAGGUUAGGUUUGGUGUUCCAACCCAUUGCACUGGUUGUCAAAGUUUUUCUAGCAUGACUUUUUGGAGCUUUCUAAACUCAUCGCGAACCGCCCAGAAUAAAAAGCAGAAAGUGAAGUGAAAAAAGAAAAGAAAAAGUUACAGUGGCAUAUAAUCUGUGUCUUAAAAAUAUUGAUUCCUUAUUUUUGCCUUAACUAAAACGCGAUAGCGGACCCAAAAAAUAAAAUAAAAUAAAAUAAAAUAAAAUAAAACAAAUAAAUAAAUAAACAAAUAAUAAUAAUAAUAAUAAUAAUAAUAAUAAUAAUAAUAAUAAUAAAAUAGAAUAAAAUAAAUAAAUAAAAAAAAAAAAAAACUAAUUAAAUACAACUAACUGAGUGGUGGUGUCUGUUGAGGGCCACCACUCGCCAGGACCACACUCACGGUUGGCACAGGGCAAUCACUGGGUGGGGGUCUAGGGUGGGGGGGAGGGGGGUAGGGGUAUGAGGAACGGAUGAAGGGGCCAUUAGGUUAUUAAUUUCUGACUGGAUCGUAAAGAAAUGCACCACACAGAAAAAGGACGAAAAAUUAUGUCAUAACAUUUAAGAAGAAAAAAAAAAAACUACUUUGUUCAACACUAACACUUACACUUACACACACACACACACACACACACACACACACACACACACACACACACACACACACACACACACACACACACUGACGUAGAGAGAAAAAAAAAGUAUGUCAAAUAUCGGAGUGGCGAGACAGCCGUCUGGCAGUGUGAAAGUGACAAUUCCAAAUAAAGAAUGUACAAUGUA